UGACUUUUUGUCUAUGAGUGUUUAUUAAACAUUAAAAAAAUGCCUAAUCAUAUAUGAAAAAAAAUCUUUAAAAGAAAACAUAGGUCAAAGUGAAGUCAAUCCACAAAACAAUCCAAUGGUCAUCCUAAUCCCAAACAUUUCAACCUCAAUUCUUCUUCUUCCCAAACCACCUUCCAAAUUUCCCCCAAACCCCCAAAUCCCCAUUUCCAAACACCAAUCCCUCAUCCUUUUCAAAUCAAAACACCCCCAUAAUCCCUCAUCUCAAAUCAUGAGUUCCCAACAAAACAAACCCUCAACAAAACCAUUCAAAUUCUUAAUCUACGGCAAAACCGGUUGGAUCGGAGGUUUAUUAGGCACCCUCUGUCAAACCCAAUCCAUUGAAUAUCAUUACGGCUCCGGUCGUCUCGAGUCACGUGACACCCUGAUCGCUGACAUUGACGCCGUUAAGCCCACACACGUGUUUAAUGCUGCCGGCGUUACAGGAAGACCUAACGUUGACUGGUGUGAAACUCAUAAGGUUGAGACUAUUCGGGCUAAUGUUGUUGGGACUUUGACGCUUGCUGACGUGUGCCGUGAAUAUGGGUUGGUUUUGGUUAAUUUUGCUACUGGGUGUAUAUUUGAAUAUGAUUUGGAGCAUCCACUCGGGUCGGGUGUUGGGUUUAAGGAAGAGGAUAGUCCGAAUUUUGUUGGGUCGUUUUAUUCCAAGACUAAAGCUAUGGUCGAAGACUUGCUCAAGAGCUACGAAAACGUAUGCACAUUGCGUGUUCGAAUGCCUAUAUCUUCCGACUUAACAAACCCGCGAAACUUUAUCACCAAAAUCACCCGUUAUGAGAAAGUGGUCGACAUCCCAAACUCCAUGACGGUUCUUGAUGAGCUCCUCCCGAUCUCUAUAGAAAUGGCAAAGAGAAAUCUCACCGGGAUCUACAACUUCACAAACCCCGGGUGCAUUAGCCACAAUCAGAUAUUGGAAAUGUAUCGCGAUUACAUUGACCCAAAGUUUACUUGGAAGAACUUCACUCUUGAUGAGCAGGCUAAAGUGAUCAUUGCUCCAAGAAGUAACAAUGAGCUUGACACCACUAAGCUGAAAACCGAGUUUCCUGAACUUUUGUCUAUUAAAGAUUCACUCAUAAAGUACGUGUUUGAACCCAACCGUAAGACCCCAAAGACUGCUUGAUCAUACCUAUAGGUUUGAGUGUUUGACUUCUUUUUUCAUCGUCUUACAUUCGCCAUUAUUGUUGUUAUGAUGAGCUUAGCUCCUUUGUUUUUGUACAUGAUAUUCAUGAUUGAUAUGGCUUCUAUAUUUUCAAUGUUGUAUCAUUUGGAUUGAUUUGGUUGAUAAUAAAAUUUGUUGCACUGGUAUGCUAUAA